CGUCGGGCUCCCGAGCGACCUCAAGUGUACCGAAGGGUUUCCGCCUAUUUCUUUGUUUUUACCCCGCCUUUCUCCUUGAAAAGGACCCAAGGCGGGUUAAAACAAUGGAAGACGACGUUCAAAAUUGAAAGCAACGAGCCUACAGCGGUGGUUCACCUCAUUAGAAGACCAUAUUUAUAUAAAAAGCAGGCUUUCCAGCCUGAGCCGGGGAUGCUCUUAGUGGGAGCCCUCCUGCCCCGCGCCGCCCCGUCCCGUCCCACCGCCGCCACCUUAUGGGUCCUGCAACCGGAGGCCACGGAGAGGCGCCAAGGGGCCGCCCCGAGGGGGGGGGCGCCUUCUUCGGGAGGUCGGAAGAUACAGGGGCGGUUGCGGAGGACCCCGGACGCCCCCGGAAGCCUCUCUUCCUUAACUCCUUCCCUCCCUCCCUCGCUCGCAGCGCGCCCCCCACCCCUCCCCACCCCGCGCUCGCCCCCCAACCGCCGCCUUCGGUUGCGCGGAGGUUCCGCUGCGCUGCCAGGAUCGCUCCUAACCCCUGCGCCCUGGCAACGGAGUCCCGUCCGCCUGCCCGCCGGCCAUGGCAGACGUGGGCGGUUCUGGUGGCAAGAGGGAGUCGGGCGGGAGCACAUCCGAGAGGUUUGGGCAAAGGCCUUUGAUGAUGCUGAGGAGAAUGGCAGGCUCAUCAUCCUGAGGUUCUUCACGGAUCACCCUGCCAGCAAGCAAUACUUCAAGACGGUCCCCACCGAGGGGGACCUGCUGGCCAACCCUCAGGUGGGCUUCCACGGCCGGAGGGUCAUGGUCGCUCUGAACCAAGUGAUUGAGAAUAUCAGCAACUGGAAGCAAGCCUGCCGGUUGCUGGAGUGCUUGGCGGACAACCACAGGAACAUCCACCACGUCCCCUCAGCCAUGUUCCAGUUUCUGUUCCAGGCCAUCAUCUGCACCUUCCAGGACCUUCUGGGGAAAGAGUUUACUGAAGACAUCCAGGUCUCCUGGGAGAAGCUCUUUGAGGCCCUCCGCAGAGAAAUUGAGGCCGCUUACGCCCGUCUUGAUGAACAGCCUUGAUGAAGCAUCGGGGGGGGGCGACCGGGCGGUUCCUCUCCACCCUUCCCUCCCACUCAUCUAUAUUUGUGCUGAUGGGUCUGACAGAAUAAAGAGGGCCCUUGUGGGGGGAACCUUGCUUGGCCUUGGGCACUCAUUGCUGCUACCCUUGGGGACAUGGAUCGGAGCAGAGAUGCCCUCCGCCCUUCCACUCCAGAUCACAGCUCAUUCUCCUGAGGGCCAAAGCAGGUCUGAAACCAGCUGGAGGGAGGGGUGGAGGGAGGUCACCCCCCUCAAAAAAAAGUGGAUCUCUGAAGGAGGAGGACUGGCGGGGGGGGGAAGGCUGAUGGGAAGAGGCUUUGAGGGAGGGGAGGCACAGGCAAAAGUCCUUCUGGCAGAGGGAGCGCCCAGGCCAGGCCCCAAAGGGGUGCUUUAGCCUUUCCUUUGCCCCUUUGGCUUCUCCCCACAUCCUGCGACAGAGCAGCCCUGUGACCUCUUUGGAAACGGCCCGGAGGGAGAAGCCCCGCAGAUUUCUCUCCAGGUUGCUGCCCUCCUCCUCCCUCCUCUGUGUGUGGCGGCUCUGUUCUCU